AUGGCCCCCCGCCGCGCCAAUUCGUCUGUUCCCGCAGGCUACAAGGAAGACCUGUCCAAGGGACGCAUGCUCCGAUUUGAAGACUCCCUCCCACAACUGCCCGUCCCCACCCUUCAGGAAACCGGCCAGAAAUACCUGAAAUCACUGCACCCACUACUCAGCGCUGAGGAGUUCAAGCGCUCGCAAAAGGCUGUGGAGGACUUUGUCAAACCCGGCGGCGAGGGUGAGACGCUCCAGAAGAGACUGCUUGCCAAAGCUGCGGAUCCAAAGGUGCAAAACUGGUUGCAUGACUGGUGGAACCAUGCUGCAUACCUUGGAUACAGAGAUCCCGUGGUGCCGUAUGUGAGCUACUUUUACUCCUAUCGGGAUGAUCGAAAUAGGAGGGAUCCUGCGAAGCGCGCCGCAGCGAUCACAACGUCUGUGCUAGAGUUCAAGAAGCAGGUCGAUGAUGGAUCGUUGGAGCCGGAAUAUCUCCGCAAAGAGCCAAUGGCGAUGAGCUCCUACGAAUACAUGUUCAACUGCUGUCGUGUUCCUGCAGAGGGUGCGGAUUAUCCUCAAAAAUACCCUGCGCAAGGCAACGAACAUAUUGUCGUUAUGCGCAAGGGCCAGAUAUUCAAGGUGCAAACCCACCUGAACGGUCAACAGCUCAACACAUCCGAACUUCAGCAGCAGUUUGAAAAGAUUAUGAAGAAUGCUGAAAGAGUCCCUGCUGUUGGUGCUUUGACUUCGGAGAACCGGGAUGUUUGGACCGCGGCGCGCAAGAACUUGCUUGCAGCUGACCCAGCGAACGCUGAUGCUCUCAAGACCAUUGAAAGUGCUUCUUUCCUAGUAUGCCUUGACGAUUCCGCUCCGGUUACGCUGGAAGAGCGCGCACAUGCUUACUGGCACGGCGACGGCGCCAACCGCUGGUACGACAAACCGUUGACAUUCAUCAUUAACGACAAUGGCACAGCUGGUUUCCUUGGUGAGCACAGCAUGAUGGAUGGAACUCCUACCCACCGACUCAACGACUAUGUGAACAACCUCAUCUUCAACAACCGCCUUGACUACUCCAAUCCUUCUAUCCGCUCCAACCUCGCCGAACCCCAACCCGUCAACUUCAAACUCGAUUCCGCCGUUCUCGAAGACAUUGCCACCGCGCAAAAGGACUUUGCCACUGUCAUGAGCAAGCACGAGCUUCGCGUUCAGGCAUUCCAAGGCUACGGCAAAGCUCUGAUCAAAAAAUUCAAAUGCAGCCCAGACGCCUAUGUGCAGAUGCUCAUCCAGCUCGCCUACUUCAAGAUGUACGGCAAGAACCGACCCACCUACGAAUCCGCCUCCACCCGUAAAUUCAAGCAAGGCCGCACUGAAACCACCCGCACCGUCUCCGACGAAAGCGUCGCGUUCUGCAAGGCCCAUUCCGACCCGUCCGUGCCCCGCGAGGAAGUCGUUAGAUUGUUCCGUGCCGCGUUGUCCGCGCACACAAAGUAUAUUGCCGACGCGAGUAUCGGCAAGGGUGUCGACAGGCACUUGUUUGGACUCAAGCAGUUGAUCCAGAAUGGUGAGAAGGUCCCUGCACUCUAUCAGGAUCCGGCGUAUGGAUACAGUAGCUCGUGGUAUUUGAGCACGAGUCAGCUGAGCUCCGAGUACUUCAAUGGGUACGGAUGGAGUCAGGUCAUCGAUGAUGGAUUCGGUAUCGCGUACAUGAUCAAUGAAAAUAGUUUACAAUUCAACAUCGUCUGCAAGAAACUCGGUGCUGAACGGAUGAGUUUCUAUCUCAACGAAGCAGCAUGUGAAAUGCGUGAUGUCCUCAUGCCUGACCUAGUUGCCCAACCGGAGAAGGCGAAGCUGUAA